UUCUUUCUUCGCGGUUAGUUGUUAACUGUUAAGUGAAACGGUGCUGUAAAUACGGCGGUUACAUUGGCUUGUCACACGAAGAAACGAGAUGCCUAGCCAUUGCUUUUGCCUGGCCACUCAAUUUUUUGCACGUUCACGCCGACGGGGACGAAAACAACAGCGCAAUAGCUCCAUUACGUUUAAUAUAUUUAUUAGCAGUCGUAUACCGGCUUCAAGCACGCAAGUUCAAGGAUUCUCAAAUACAAGGACAAGAUCGAAAGUAGAAAUCCUUGUCAUUAAAUUAUAAAGCCAGUGAGAUUUUCGCAUAAUAAUCAAUGUACGAUUGUAAAUUUGCACCUUGAUUUAGAGGAAUUGAGACCUAUAAGGUCUAAGACAUUAGGACUUGGAACGCAUACAGCGCAUUUUUUUCUUUGCAACAACUUCGUCCAAUUUAAGCAUUUUUAACUACUGCGCGGUUACCUUUGAGAGGGUCAGAAAUAGUAUAGCACAAAACAAUUUAUAAAUAUUUAGUUUAAAUUAACCGGGAGAACGAAGACAGAGAGAAAAAAAAUUGUGUUUGAUCGGCGCUACCAUGAGGAAGGAUGGUAUUAGUGGUCAAAGUCUUGGAGUUGUUGUUGCAGCACAAGAGGAAACAGCUAGCCGCUGCCGCAUUCGUAAUGAUAUGACGCCAUUUUACUAACCUCUUGCGAUUGUUCGAUACUACAAACCCAAAGAGCCCAGGGCAAUAGUUGUAAAAGAAUUGUUACAAGAAAAUUAUCAAUAAAUCCCUUUCAACGGAUAAUUAAUGUUUAAUAAGUAAAGCAAUAGAAUCGAAAUCUUUAUUAGUUAUUUAAUUGUUACGUGGAUGGCAAUCUAAUAAUCGUGGUUGCUGCUUAUAGCCUUUUUAUUGCUUAUUGGAGUAAAAGUUGCAGCUGCCGAACUAUUAAUACGUAAGAUAAUAAGUGUAAAUUUAUUACACUAUUAUGGAAGAUGAAGAUAGUGAAAAUGGGCUUGUGGAUACAUGGAGCUUAUGGGAAGAGGCAUAUUAUAAAGAUACAGUAAUUGAUACAUCAUUAACACAAAUAAAUAACUCAAGUCUUUGCUUUAAUGAAAUAGAAAAGAAUAAGGAAGAUUAUUUCUAUUCUGCUUAUUCCUGUGAGUCAGAUAAUAAUAAAAAUUCUAAUACAAGUGUAAAAAAUGUAAUUAAAGGAUUUAAAAGAAAUAUGAUAAAACAUACACAAGAAAAUCAAACAGAUUUAUUUGAUGAUAUAUCUAUGGAACGAGUAAAACAUAGUAAUGAUACGAUAAAGGAAGUUAAAAUGAUAGAAAGAAAGACAAAAAAAAUGGCAGAGUAUACUCAAUAUUUAGGUCUUCAACCUACAUUAACAAAAUCUGAAUGUACUAAAUGCAAUUCCAUGGAAAAUAAUUCUUGUACAUCCAAUGUAAAUCAAUGUAAUUGUUCAACAAUAAUAACUCCACUGCAAGAAAAUAUUAGUACUCUUGAAUUAUCUCUAAAUAAUGGUUCCAAAUUAUCUACUAAUAAGUCUGAAUCAUCUUCGAUUAUUACAUGUAAAUUUCAGUCUACAAGUAGCACAAAUAUACCACCAAAUAGUAAUUCUGAAAUACCAUAUACUAAUUAUAGACAAUCAUUUAGUUGUAGUUCUGAACUUCCAUCUACCAAUAGUUAUGAACUACCAUGUAGUAAUAGCUCUGAAAUACCAAUUAAUUAUAACUUUGGAUUAUCAUCUACUUAUACAUCUGAAUUAUCUUCUACUACAAAUUCUGAAAUAUUACCUCUUUCUCAAGCAUCAAAUUUCAAAAUUACAAGAAAAGUUUAUUUAUGUGCAGCAUGUGAAACAUACUUUGAAAAUUGGAAUCUGUUUUUGCACAUGCGUGAAGUACACAACCGUCAUAUAUGUUUAUUUUGUCUUGGUAUGUUCGGACAAGCAGAAAGAUUAUCUCGUCAUUUAUCAAAGAAGCAUAAUAUUCCAGAAGUAUCAUUUCAUUCUGUAGAAGAAUUUUAUAAAACUUUUAAAGGUUCUUGUUAUAUUGUCUGUUGUUCAUGUGAAAAAAUAUUUUCAGAAACUGAUAAUUUUUAUAAUCAUUUUUGUUCACUGCAACAUAAUCAAACUUCUGAAUUAUGUUCAUUACAUAAACAAGUAGGAACUCAUAUUAGAACAUGUAAUUUGACUACACAAAAAAAUCAUCAAAACCAACAAUCAAUGAGUAAUAUAAAAUUAUGUAAUGUUGAUUAUUUGACUUCAAAUCCAACUAUAACUGGUAUUCGAAGAUAUUCAAAAAGAACAAUAAAACCUAACAGGUCAAACGAUGAUGUUUAUUUAUAUACUAAGUUAACAAAUGUUCGUGCUAAACGAACUAAAAUGCAAAAUACAUCAGAUAUUAAUGAAAUAAAUAAAUGUAUUAAUUCAGAAUUUCAAGCAGAUAAUUUUGAUAAAUCAGCUAUUGAAUCUCAAAAACUUAUGCAUGAUUUAAUAGAAGAUACUGUUGCUGAAACUAUCAUGGAAGUAUCCAAAUUUAGGGAAGAUUUAGGUAGCAAUGUGAGUAACAAAUACCAGAGCAAUAUAACUCUGAAUAAUAAUAAAGCUAUAAAUGAAAAUAAAUCAUUAAACAAUGAUACUAUUAAUAAUAUUUAUGAUAAUGUCACCAAAACAAUUAUGGAAGUAUCUUGUUGUAAGCAUAAUUAUAUUAAUAUAUCAUAUGCAGAUAAAGUAACACCUAUCAAAAAUAGUACAGUGAACAUUCCAAAUUGUAUCAUAAGUAAGGGAACAGUUGAGUCUUCAAAUCCUAAGAACGAAGAUGAUGUAAGAUUAAAUGAGGUUAUUAGCAAGUCUGUUGAAAUUAAAGACAUCGAUAUGGACGAUAAGUUAUUCAAUGAUAUGCACACAGAUUCCAAUUCAGAUUCUAAAUCUCAAAUAAUUAAUAGUCCUAGCAGUCCUACAAGUAGAUCUGUAUUUAGCCCUAUUUGUGAAAUACAAAAUACUUCAAUUAAAACUAAGAAAGAUUUGAGAAAAUCUGGAUUGAAGAGUAAAUCCAUUUCAAAUAUUACACCUCUAACAGACAGAAGUUUAGUUAUUAAAAUUUGUACUAAAAAUAAUUCAGUGUUUUCCAUUAGAACCCCAACACUUGAAACAAAUUUAACUGAAAAUCAUGAUAAUUCUAAAGAAUCUGAAGAAAACAAUAAUGGUGAAGUUUCUAAUGGUAAAGUUUUAAUACACGAAGAAAAUGAUAGUAUUAAAGAUAAAUUUUGUACAAACAAAGAAAAUAACGACUCUGGCAGUGAUAAUCUGGUUUUGAUUGAUAAUUGUGAAGAUGAAAAUAAAAUUCAUAACUCAACAAUUGUGUCAUAUGUUAGUGAUGAAGAUAAAUCCAAUGUGACUGUAAAUAACUUUGAGAAUCAUCGAGAAAAGAAGAUAGAAGAAUCAUUUAAUUUACAGGAUAAACAAAUAAUUAGUACAGUAACUACCAGUACUGAAAAUACUGAUGGAAUUUUAUUAGCUGGAGAAGAAAUUCCAAUGAUUGAUUUAAACGUAGAUGGCCUUUUAGAAAGUAUGAAUAUAGAAGAUUUAUUGAAACUUUGUAUUAAAGCUGUAUGUGCAAUUUGUGUUUAUUGCAAUCAUGCUCGACACAUAGCUGUUAAUGGCAAGCAAUUGUGUCUUCAUAUGCUUACAGAACAUAGAUUUCAACCUCAACAUCCUGCUGUAAUUAUACAUCAAGAACAAUUCAUAGCAAAAAUUAAAAAAUGCUUAGAAGAUUUAAAAUCUUAUUAUUUUAAUCUAGAUUCCUAUAACAGUAAAGAAGGCACUUACAAUAUUUCAACUGUAAAAGUAUAUGAAUGUUUUCUUUGUCGGUUUUGUUCUUCUAUUCACAAAGAACUAUAUUUACAUAAUAGAAAAAUGCAUCAAAAGCCAAUUUUAAUAUGUAUAAUGUGUAAAUCAACAUUUUGUAGCUAUAGUGAGUUAUUAUGCCAUUUAUGUCCAGGUGUAUAUGCUGCUAACAUUAAUGUUCAAUAUCGUUGUUGUCUCUGUUCACUAACUAAUCUUCCAUCAGCAUUUAGAUUAAUGGUUCAUUUACGCAAACAUCAUCAUGCUUGUGAUGUUUGUUUAGAAUCUACAGGUAAUCAGCAACGUUUAUCAAAUCAUGUAUGGAAACAUAAAUUACACCAUCUAUGCUAUAGAUGUGGUAUAUCUUAUCGAAAUAAGCCUGAUAUAACAAAACAUCUUUUUUGGAAACAUGGAACUGAAAGUGUGCUUUGUAAAAAAUGUUUGCAAAAAAAAUGGCCUCAUAUCUAUCAUUUUUGCAUUCCACCCACAGCUUUUUCUUGCGAAGAAUGUGGAUUUAGUUUUUCUAAAGCUGUUGCAUUAAAAGUGCACAAAAGAAUUCAUACUGGUGAUUUUCCUUAUUCUUGUUUUGAAUGUUCUAAUAAAUUUAUAUCAAAAAAAUUGCUAGCUAAACAUGAACAAAGUCAUAAAGAACCCUUAUUACCAUGUCAUAGUACAUUAUCAAAUGUAAAUUAUAAACAAAUAUUAACUGAAGAAAUUCACAUUGAUGUUUGUAACAUGAAAACUAAUGAAGAGGGUAAUACAGUUCUGAAUUCUGAAAUUAUUGUUAAAGAAGCAGUUAAGAAAGUAGUAGAUGUAUAUGACUUGCCACCGUUGAAUUUAUCUUCUGAUAGUGAUAGUGAAAUUGAAGAUAAUAAAAUUAAUAAUAAUAAAUUUGAUGAAAUAUCGAACAAGAUUGAAAAAGAAUCAAACGAUAAAAUUGAAUCAACAUUUAAUGCUAAAGUUAAUAUCGAUCUUAAUACUGAUAUUAUUGUUGAAGUUGAAAGAAAUGAAGAAGAAAAAAAACAAGAAGAACAGAUAAUGGAUGGAAUUUGGGAUAAUUUUAAAUCAUAUACAGCAAGUUUAGAAAAGCAAGACUCUUCCAGUAUGAUUGCAAUAGAAUCAGACUCUAUUGAAAAGGAAAAACAAGAAAAUGCAAAAUAUAAAGAAAAUAAUGAUCCAGAACAUUUAAAACAUCUAGUACUGGCUGAUCAUGAUUAUUGUAUUAUAUAUUCAGAUAAAGUUGAAGAGUCUUGUAAUAAAUCUUCCUCAAAAAUUGAUGACAAUAUCAGAAUCAAUCACAGUUCUGAUGUAAAAUUAGAAAUAACGUCAUCUAAUAUAAUAAAUAAACAAAAUAUGGAAAAUGAUUAUAUUAAAAAAAAAAGUAAAUCUUUCAAAAAGAAAAAACAAAAUGUCAGUACAUCUUCCAGUGAUUCUUCGAGUGAUAGCGAAUCUAGUAGUUGUUCUUGUGGAACUAAUUGCAGUUGUAGUAGUUCCUCAUCUAGUAGUAGUUCCAGUUCCAGCAGUAGCUCAGAUUCAGGAAGUUCUUCAAUAAAUUUGCAACGAAAGUUAAAUACAAAUCGAGAAAAACAUAAAAAAGAAAAAGAAAUAGUUAAGCAAGACGAAAAAGUUGAAGUUACAAAAAAUAUUGAUGAAGCUUUAGAAAUAAUUGAAAAUAAUGAAAUAGAUAAAAUUGCUGAUUCAUUAAAUUCAAUGCAAUUCGUGAUAAUGGAAUCUGAUCUUGAUACAAGUGAAACAGAAACUGAUGAAGAUUUUUAUGACGAGCAACCUCAACAAUUAGCAAAUAAGCUAUUAGCAGAAAAACGAAAUAAACUAAUGUUAGUUACUGAUGUUACCACAGCUUCUAUGAAUUCUGGCAUAUCAACCCCUGUAAAUAAUGGUGUUAUUGAUACUGACACAACAUUGCAUUCAUCUGCUCCAUCAACACCAGCUCACCAUUUAAAAAAAAUAUCAUUAAGAAAAAAAAUUAAAACAAGAAAAUAUAAAAGGGAUGAACAUGGAAAAGUUAGAAAUCCUGCAAAAACUAUAGCAUCGAUAAAACUGCACAUUCCAAAAUUAAUGUACCAAAAAAAAGAAUAUGCUUCAAAACCAUCGUCUGUAAAAAGAUAUUCAUCGUCUAAUUUUACAGCUAAUCAGUCAGUAUUUGAAAUGAAUAAAAUGAUGGCUUCUGAAUCAUCAAUUAUAAAUAUGUCUCAAAAUAUCAGGGGUAGUGGUUCUGAAACUGAUAUAAAAAGAUCAUCCAAAAGAAAACGUGUCCCAAAACGUUUUUAUGGAGAUUCUAGCGACGAAGAAAAUCAUAAACAGCAAAUGUUAAAAUGGAGACGAGUUGAUAUACCAACACCAAUAAAGCCUCAAUUACCAUCGACAAGUAGAAACAUAAAUUAUAAACAAAAUCUUCAACAGCAACAACAAUUACAAUUACAGCAGGAAAAAAUAUUACAACAAAGGUACAAAGAAGAAGAAGGCAAUGAAAAUCAUGUGGUUGAAAAUGAAAGAAUGUUAGUAAUUACAGCUUCUGGUAGUGACUCAAAUGAACCAGUAGAUACCAGUAGUGACGCAAAUGAUUCAAACAAUGAAAGUGAAAAUGUUAUGUCACAAACACAAAUACAUUAUCCACAGCUUCAUCCACCAAAACUUGAACGCGCGAACAACUUAUACUGUUAUUGUCAGUGCCCAUACGACGAGGUAUCUGAAAUGAUAGCCUGUGACGGGGAUGAUUGUCAAAUCGAGUGGUUUCACUUCGAGUGUGUAGGAAUUAUGGUGCCACCCAAGGGUAAGUGGUACUGCCCAGAUUGUCGACGGAAGUUGGGUAUACCGGAUGACGUCGAUGACUUCGUUAAUGGAUAAUAAUAAUAAAACAAUGUUUAUUGGACUAAUAAUUAUUUUCACUACGUAUUUUAACAGAACUCAAUUAGAGAGUAAUGCUUGUAAUGAGUAUUUUAAUACUCCUUCAAUAUUGCUUAUUACGCUUUUUAAACUAAAAAGUAAGAAAAUAUUCAGAAUAUAAAGCAUCCGAAGCAUUACACAGAAUAUAUAUUCAGCGUUCCAUGUUGAUAUUUUUCUUAUUAUUGACAUAAUCUCAAACGCGUUUGUAUAUAACAUUUGUAAAUAUAUCUUAAAGUUUAUAUGAUAAUGAACAAAUUAAGUUUUUGUGUAAAUUUC